AUGGGGGAUUCAGAUGAAACUCAGAAUAAUUAUCUAUUACACUCUUUAGUUAAUUAAAGUAGAAUUAAUGAAAGGAUCAAUUACAUUAAUCUAUUAGAUUUGAUGAAUAAAUAUAAUCCAUGA